CUUCCACAGAAAGAAAUAAGUGCUCAAAAAGAAAGAAAAAUUAAACAAACAGCGGAGUUUCGAAUGCGCUUAGGUCGCAUCGUUGACAAACGCUGAGGCGGAGCUUGCGGAAAAUGUCUGCACAAAGGCAUGGAGAUGGCAGCAAGGUCGACGUAGCUUCGGUCCAGGUGGGAAUGGAGCCAACUGGAUCGUCUUCCUCUUCUUCUUGGAGGACUAGGCAAGAUGGGAACGAUCUCACCUCUCCUUCUUGCGCCCACAAGAAGAAGAACAAGAGAGAGGAAAACGACGAGGACUUGUUCACGGUUCCGGACAUGGAGGCUGGACCGGCUGUGAAUUCUACAGGGAACGACAGUGUCCAUGUCGGUGAGCAGCAGGAAGCUGAUCAGGCUAAGACGGCGAUUCCGGGGAAGCGACGGAGGGGACGGAACCCUGUCGACAAGGAGUAUAAGAGGCUCAAGAGGUUACUGAGGAAUAGAGUCUCUGCUCAGCAAGCGCGCGAGAGGAAGAAGGUGUAUGUCAACGACCUGGAAUCGAGAGCCAGCGAGUUGCAAGACAAAAACUCGAAGCUGGAGGAGAAGAUCUCGACUUUGAUCAACGAAAACACCAUGCUAAGGAAGGUUCUCAUGAACACCCGACCUAAAGUCGAUGAGAGUGCAGAGUCAAAGCAAUAGUGUUCUCAUCUGGGUUAUAUUAGAAGCUCGAGAUAACCGUUUCUGACCCGUCGUAUUAUAGCCGGAAUCGCAAGAACAGAUCAGAAGUUAUUACAGCUCUAGUCUAGAUAUAGAAGUGAAGCUUGAAUUAACCUCAUGUUAGAUCUUCCAAACCGUAAAAUGAACAACAUUACAACGGCGCAAGCAGAAGACGCAUACCGUUUUAAUCUACUUCCAAGCGUUUUGUAUGAACCAUGUUGGCUGCAAUUCUGAGUAAAUUGUGUGAUUCCGUUAAA